AUGCCCAUCUGGCUGCAAAUGGUCAAGAUUAUACCUAUGUCUUGUCUAUGUCUUGUCUAUGUCUUGUUUAUGCCUAUGCCUAUGCCUAUGCCUAUGUCUAUGUCUAUGUCUAUGUCUAUGCCUAUGUCUAUGCCUAUGUCUAUGUCUAUGUCUAUAUCUUGUCUAGGUCUUGUCAAUGUCUAUGUCUUGUCAAUGGCUAUAACUAUGGCUAUAACUAUGUCUAUAUCUAUAUCUUGUCUAGGUCUUGUCGAUGUCUUGUCUAUACCUAUGUCUUCUCAAAAAAACCCAGUCACCAGCAGCAUAACUACCAAGGUCUCUUGCAACCCUCACGCAGCUACUCAUUUGUUAAAAUUUUGUGAUCCUCAAUACAACCAAUUGAAUUAA